ACUCUAUUUAUUUUUUAGAAUAUUGAUUGCUUCAUAAAAGCAAACUAUCAAACAGUUAGUUUAAAAUAAAAUAAUUACAAAGGUAUUAAUUAGAAAAUAAGUAGUAGAAUUGUGGUGUCAAUGAUUUAAAAUAAAGAGAUCCCCCAAUAAAAAUCAUUGGAAAUGGAAAGCUAAUCUAGCCGAUUAGGAUUUUAGCAAGAUAAUUAAAAAUAAUAAAAUCAAAAUAUUGAAAUGCAUGAACUUAAGCAUAAAUAAAAACUAAUGAAAAAGCUUAAAAAAAUGAACGAUGAAGAAAAGUUGUAGUAUUUUGAAGAUGAUAAUAAGGAAGUAUUUCAGCUUAUUGAUUAGAUGCAUUUAGCUAAUUUAGACUAGAUUGUAUUUGAGUCAACAACUAACUUUAGAGAAUUUAUGAAGAAUCUACAAAAUCAUAGUCUUAAACUUAAAGAUAGGACUGAGUAAAUAAGAUAAUAUAUAGAAGAGUUACACUUAGAUUAUGAAAAGGUUGAAGAUGAUCCUACCAGCAAACCUAAAAUAGAAAAAGAGUAUCAAACAUCCCAGAUAAUAGAAGUAGCUGGAGAAUUACCUAAGCUUAUAAAAAAAGUUGUUAAAAAUUCUGAUAUGAAUCUAUCUAAAAUUAAAUAGCUUCUAUAAACAUAAAAUAAAUUAGUUGACUCCUUAUAAAACAGUAUUAGAGAAAUAGUCUCUAAAAUUAAUCCUUAUGAGCUAGGUAUUUUAAAUGUUAAAGGUAAACAACCUUUAGAAGAGCUAUUUGAGCUUCUUUUUGAAAUACUAUAUAGUGAGCCAAAAGAAAAGUUUUAAUGGAAGGAAUUCAAAUACACAGCACUUCUAAGUGAAGAUGGGUCAGCUGAUUUUCUUUAUCGCUUAGCCAAUUUUGACAUGAAAUAGCUAAACCAAGCAUAAUUGGAUAAUAUUAAAAAAAAUAAAGAUAGUAAUGAAUUAAGAAGUUAUCUUGAAGACCCAAAAAUAGGAGAGCUAUUGAUAGAAAUAGCUGAUUGGCUGGAGUUUAUAUAUCAUGGUCACUUUUUAGUUAAUGAAUUACAUGAAAUAGAGGAGCUUUAUUUAGAAGCAAAAUAAACUGUAGAGGAGCAAGAAAGAAAAUAAAGAAACUAAAUUGCAAUUGAAUAACUUAAGUAGCAAAGAAUAUAAGAAAUAUAAACUCAAUAGCAAUUUACUGAUUUUAUAUCAAAUAUGGUUAUUUAAAUUUAAUAAAAUUAUUAAAAAACUUAAGAAAAGCUUAGAAUUCAUUAAAAAAAUUAAUAAGAUAUAAUUAAUGCUAUUUCUAAUUAAAAUUAAUAAAAGUAAGCAUCUAAACACAUUUGA